AUGGACAGCGACUGGUAUCAAGGCUGCUUCUCCAAACAAGAGACAAGAGCAGUUUCUGCAGUUGCUCUGCAGGAUCAUAUAAUACACAAUCAUCAGCUGCAGGAUCUUUUAACACAUUCUAAGUCAAGGACAAGGAAUACCAAGAACUUUUACAAACCAUGAGUGCAAGAAAUAGUCAGAGUAAUAGCAGAUACUGGACUAAGAAAAAAGAAGAAAAGCAAGGAAGGUGCAAAAAAGGAGAAACUUCUUGACCCCAGUGCUCCACAGCUGACAUUAGGAGUAGCUGAGCAUCCUUCCUUGUCAUUUCCUGCUGAAGAAUGGGUAAAGAGAUCCACACAGCAUGGGAAAUCCAUACAGUGCUGUCCAGUAUUCAGGAAGGAAUUUGCAAUUCAGCUCAGGUUUCAGUGAUGCCUGAAAACCUUUGAAAAAUUUACAGGUGAAAAUUGUCCUAUGUGUAGAAAAGAACAGUAUCAGAGCAGAGUAAUACAUGAUGGGGCAUGCUUAGUUAAAGUGAAUUAA